CAUCGCUAAAAAUAGCCACCCACCGCAGGCCGCAGCAGCGCAGGCAAAAAAAAAAUUGGGUGCGGAAUUAGUAAUUUUGCAGUGUUUUUCCACCCUGGCGGAAAGUUGGGCAUACAUUUUUAAUUUCUGCGCGUUCGAGUGUGUAAUUGUGGCAAGUGUUCGUAGUAGUUCGGUUUCGUAACGCGCUGGCACGGAAUGCCCUGUAGCUGUCCACCGCAGGAACUGGAGCGAACCCGACCAAAAUGAGUGCCCGCCCUAGUCCUGCCCCGUUCAAACGGUCCUUCGAUGGGUUGUUCAACGCCUGGCUCGUACUCCGCAGCCAAGGCCACGAAAAACCCCUCCGGAAUGCCCUGUACAACGUGAUGAUGGUGGCCGUGGUCGGUGUCGUCAUCGGGGUCAUCCUUGUCCUCGCUCCCUUCUUCAAACCCCUCCUGUGGGCGUUCCUCUUCGGAGCGGUGCUCUUCCCGGCGAAGAAACGCCUCGCCGAAGCGCUCAACGGCUGGAUCGAACGCAUCGAAAAGGACGACCAAUAUCUGGUGCUGGGCGUGCUCGGAGCGCCCAUCCAGGGCGUCUACUCGCUGGGUCACUUUCUCACCGAGUGGCUCAUGGGACACCUGAAGAUCUUGGGCAUCGGAAUCACCAGCCUGAUUUCGCUGCGCGUCAUCGUUUGGCUGGCGCCGACCGAGGUGUUUCUGACGCUGUGGAAUCUUCUGGUGUGGCAGCACUCGCUGUUUCGGGCCGUACUGAGCUCGCUGACGUUGCAAAUGCUCGCCGUCAUCGUGGUCCUGUACAUCGCCAGCGUGUACAUCCUGUGGCAACCCCAGCUGUCCACGCCCUUCCUACUGGUCGGCCAAAUGCUGUGGGUACUCAUCGUUGCGUACGGGUGCAGCUUCCUCGGCGCUCAAGUGCCCGUGUUCCUGGGCCUGCUCACGUACGGCGCCAUCGGGCUGAUCUACAACAUGCGAAAGGACGAAAAAAACGUGCGGUUCAUCGACAAGUGGCACAGUCUGUUGGACGUGACGAGCUACCGGUUGGACGAGGGGAAGGUGGAGAUUACGUCGCCGGUCAAUGGGGGUGAUGACACGGUGAAUGCGUCUCGGAUUGAGGAAAUUAAGGCGAAGAUGGUGCUGGAUGUGACGACUACGCCGCAGCUGUCGAGUACGAUGAACGAUACUAGAAAUACUAGUACGACUGCGAAUGCAACCGACACGCUGAACAAGACGACUCCGGACGCGUUGGAGAGUGACUCGUACUUUCGGAUACUGUUUUACGCUUGCGGAGCCACCCUAAUCUGGAUGCACACGUGGAUCCUGUUCCUUGGAAUCAUCCCCGUCAGUUUGUACCUGAUUGUGCGAGUCGCCGAAAUGCUCGGAAUCAUCCCGUACAUUUCAACCCUCAUUCAAACCUACUGGGAACUGCUCAAAAGCUGGCUAUUCCCCCGCCACUCGGCCCUGCUCCCACUCUGCCUUCCGGGAAUACUCCGCGUCAACGGAAACAUCCACCGGUACGUGUGUGCCAAACUGCGCUCCUACAUUGACGACAUCAGCUCGGUGGUGAUGAUCGGAUUUCUCAGCGUGCUGGUCAUGCUGGUUAGCGUGUUUGCGUUCACGCAAAUCUACUCCGAAACCAUCGCGGUGGCGCAGCUGGGAAGCAACCUGGUCAACCGGACGUUGACGCACCGACCCGAGCUGAUCGAGAUGCUGCCGAUUGACAUGCAAUCGAUGGACGACAUCCUGGACAACGCGUACAAGUACGGCCGGUCCCACAUCGAGCAGUACGUGGACGACAUCUUCAACGAUACCGAUCCGACGCAGGCCAAGAAGCUCAAGUGCCAGAUCCUGAGUGUGUGGGACCGAAUCAUCCAGAGCUGGAUGGACCGCAACAACGGGGACGGGCUGGUCGGGCCCCGCGUCACCAGCCAGUCGAUUCAGGCGACGAUCGACGAGAUCUUUAUCAAUCCGAUUACGAAAGCGGGAAUAAUCGGCUUCGUGAAGAGCAACAUUGGGAUGUUGCUUGAGGUGGCCGACUCCCUUUGGAUGUUGUUGCGUACGAACCUGACGCUGCUGGCUUCAGCAAUUGGGACGUUGGUGUCCGUAAUCUUGGGCGGAGGACACGCCGUGCUGAAAUUUUUGUUCCACACGAUAAUCUUCUUCACAACGUUGUUCUACCUGCUGCAGAGCAGCCAGGACCGGUACGCCCCGACCGGCAUCACCAUCAACAACUCUUGGGGCCCGCGCAUCAUCCAAGCCCUCGAGGACUCCAUCUCGAGCGUGGUCGUGGCCACCCUCAAGCUGGCCCUGUUCCACGGUCUGUUCACCUGGCUAACGCACACCAUAGUGGGUGCGCACAUCGUGUACCUGCCGGCCGUCCUAGCCUCGAUUCUGGCCGCCGCCCCCUUUCUCGAAACGUACUGGUGCAGCGUUCCGGCCUUCCUGGAUCUGUGGCUGUCGCAGGAUCGCUUCUGGCUUGGGGCGUUCCUGGUGCUGGUCCACUUCAUCGUUCCGUCCAACUUCAACCCGAUCAUCCACUCGGAGAUCAAGGGCGGUGGCCACCCCUACCUGACCGGUCUCUCAAUCGCCGGUGGAAUGUACCUGUUUGGGCUGGAAGGUGCCCUGCUGGGACCGCUGCUGCUCUGCCUCCUAGUUGUACUCUUCGAGGUCACCAUGAGUGCAAUCCGCGACUCGCCGAUUACGCCCCAGACGCGCAAGUCCAGCUUGGACACCAACAACGAGCUUUACUCACCAGCGACGACUUUGUGUAAAGAGUGGCAAGCGUUCGUCCACGGGGAAGACAAACUAUCGCUACGGUACCUUCCCCGAGAUGGUGGACACGUCCGGAGCGGGACUUCUGGGCUUUCCGCCAGCUCAACGGCAUCAUCCGUAGAGGACCUCCUGGGAGAGGAGUGAGGAGGAGAGCGCGGGUUUGUUUCUGCCAAAGUGGAAUUGUACGGACGGCUCCUUUUUCGUAAUAGUUGUACGAAGGCUAAUUGACUAAUUUAGUGGUGCUUAAAGCGAUUUGGACGAGCUUUUGCUGUAGUUGUAAACUAUUGUUAAAUGUUACCAAAAUUAUCGGAGAAUUAGUAGAUGUAGGGUGAAAACACAGAAUUGAGCAAAUUAUUUUUGCAACUAGAUCAUCGAAUAGAGAUCUGAACGUUAGUAUUGAAAAAAAUAAUAAUUCCUGCUUAGAUUCCAUUGGCAUUUUUAAACUUAAGGGGAACAACUCGAAGAAAAAGUAUCACAAAAUCGUAGUUACCUGAAGAAAAGUAGUGAUCAUUUUUUUUUUUCAAUAAAUUUUGAAAAA